UCGGUUUUGACGGCAAUGGUGAUCAGUACAUCAAGCAAUCUCAACCGAUUGAUUGUACCUUCGUACCUCGACUUUAUAUCAGUUGUCCGCAAAAAGAUCAGCUGGCAAUUGUGGCGAUGAACUGAGCCCAGGCGCUCAGGCCAACAGAAAAUAAUCAUGAAAUAAAGAAUAAAACGGAAACACAAAAACGAAUACUCUCGAAAUGAGACCCUCGGUCUGCCUCCUGGCCUCAGCCAUGUCCUCGGCCAAGGGCAUGUCGCCGGGCCCAAUGGCCCUUCUUCCGCCAAUCCACCUCUACCGGCGGCUGCUCCGGGCACACAGAAAACAUUUACCUCCCGAGAUGCGCUUAUUAGGCGACGAAUACGUCAAGGCCGAGUUCCGAGCCCACCGAAACGUUGAGAACCCGGUACAUAUGAUUGGAUUUCUUACAGAGUGGCAACUGUACGCGCAGAAGAUUGAAGGAGAUGCUUGGGUUGGGGAGAGGCUCGAUCCCGGCAAGGUCGAGAAGAUGAGUGAUGAGCAACUUGCUCAGUUGUAUGAGCUUAUGAAGGCAAUUCAGAAGCGUGGUACAGAGGAAGGGCAAGACGGGUCAUGA